CACCCAAUCGCAGACCAUAUCUAGGAGGAAAGCCCCGCCUUUAUCCGCAUGGAGGCGGGAAUUGCCACGAAGCUGUUGUGGAGAGAGAAAGGAAGAAGCUGUAAAGAACCAAUAAGAAAGGAGGAGUUGAUGACGUCAACCAAUGGAGACGCGGGUGAAUUGCAGCCAAUGAGAGUGGAGGGACCCCAGGACACGUGGGUGGGGGAACUGCGCGCUGAGACCAAGGGCUAAAGCUGAGAGAUUGAAAAAAAUGCAGACCACCGGGGCACUUCUCAUUUCUCCAGUUCUGAUCCGCUGUUGUACCAGGGGUCUAAUCAGGCCUGUGUCUGCCUCCCUCCUGAGUAGGCCAGAAGCCCCAUCUAAACAGCCUUCCUGCAGCAGCUCACCACUACAGGUGGCCCGACGGGAGUUCCAGACCAGUGCCGUCUCUAGGGACAUUGACACAGCAGCCAAGUUUAUUGGUGCUGGGGCCGCCACAGUCGGUGUGGCUGGAUCAGGAGCCGGCAUUGGAACCGUGUUUGGCAGCUUGAUCAUUGGCUAUGCCAGGAACCCGUCUCUCAAGCAGCAGCUCUUCUCCUAUGCCAUUCUGGGCUUCGCCCUGUCUGAAGCCAUGGGGCUCUUCUGUUUAAUGGUCGCCUUCCUCAUCCUCUUUGCCAUGUGAGUCUCCGUGGAGGUCACCCAGCCGUCCCUGCUGCUUCGACUCCGUGCCAUUCCUAGUGCUGGAGUAGACUAAGCUUUACCAUUAAACACGUUUCUCUAAA